AUGGACGGGUCACGCGACAACGUGCGGUCGGCCUGCUCACCGACCGGGUCUCUCGACGUGACACUCUCGGGCGGUUCCCCCAGCGACAACCUCCUCAGCAACCGUACCCCCGCCGAUAGCGCGUUCGGCGACAACGUCCUCGACGACCGCCUCCUCCCACCCGUGCACUCCAUCCCUUCCCCCACAGUGGACCCUCGUACACUGUUUGGGGGACACCCCACGUCCCCAGGCUACUACAGCCUCGCGGCCCCGGUGUAUGGCGGUCAGCUGCAGUUCUGGGAACCAACCCCCGCGGACGUGGAACAACACCUCAACAUCCACAGCCCCGCCCCGUACCAGCCCCCCGCACCAACGUGCAACGAGGUGGCUUUUCACAUCGGCCCCCUCCCUGUGACCCACCGCGGCUCCGAGGCCGGCCGCAUGGACCUCGACGAAGAGGUCGACGAGCUGAGCAGCGACAAUAUGCUGGUCGUCAAAGUCGAGCCUCUCGACACGUACUCCUCGCCCGGAUCUCCCCAGCAAUCGUUGUCUGUGUCGCCCGCUAGUGACUCCGAGGACGAGUACAUGCCGGCCACCCCAACUGCCCGCACCUCCUCGAGGAAGCGGGCCAAAGCCCCGCCCGCCCCAGCCGCACCAAAGACGGCUCGUCACCGUUCCGGAGAGAGGCGCCAGUCCCAGAACCGCUCGGCGCAGUCAAAAUACCGCGCCAAGAACAAGACUCUGAACGGUCUCGGCUGGGAUUUCCAGGCCGAGGUCCUCGCCGUGGUCAGGGCGGUCACACGCAAGGAAGUCAGGCCGGAGAACGCCUUCCUCAAGCUGUCGAAGAAGGCCAAGGCGUUCCAGUCGGCUGUUGGCAGGACGUGCCCGAUGACGGCGACCAAGCUCGCCGAGGAUGUCGCCGCCAAGCGCGAGGCGGCGUGA